AUGUCGUCCCAUCAGUUCAGUAUAAAACAGCUUCUAGGAGACAACCACAUGACACAGGCCAGUGUCACGUGUGAUGAAGCUGCUGCGGAAUCUGCUAGUAAAACAGCGGGGAAGUGUAAACGAAAACAGCGUACAUCUUUUACAGAGAGACAGCUAACAGCACUGGAGACAGUGUUCAGAUACAAGAUGUACGUCACACUGAUCGACAGAGCCGUUCUCGCUAAACAUCUCGAUUUAACCGACAGUCAGAUAAAAACCUGGUUUCAAAACGGAUCUUACUUCUCCCGUAUAGGGAACAUGUACCACGGACUUUAUCUGAACGAGACACUCCAGCCCUCUACCAGUCCCACUUACUGGAUAUUCCGGGACAACAUGAAUAUCCUCACUCCUGACGCUAACUACCAGCUGUGUAUAAAUGUUACUAAACACCUCGACCUGUGUAAUGACACCAUGGGCUUGAAAGACACAGAGUGGGGAUAUGAGAUAGGGAGCAUGGGGCUUUAUACAAUAUCAGCUGGAGACAGAUAUUAUCUGACUCACGGAACUGGGGCGGGAGUGACACAACAACAAACUGGAAACAGUGAUAAAAUCCUCCUUUCACCAGCCACAGGAAACACAGAUACCCCACUAGUCGCUACACUGGGGAAGGCGGUUAAAACUCUGCGACAAGAGUUAGAUAGUGUUAGGGCGAACUACAGCAAGUUAUUGGAGAUGAAAGAUGGAAUGGUCAAUAACAGUGCAUUACUUGCUGACCAGGCUAGGAAAGCAGAGGAGGAUUUUGACGGGAAAGUGAAGAUGAUCGCGGAUAAGUUGGAGUAUUAUAAGACUGAGGUAGAAGAAAUGAAGCAGAGCAUGACGAAAGAGAUUCAGGUUAUGAACACCACGCAGUAUAACAUGGCCACAACUACUCUUCCUUCUAUAUCUGACUAUAUAGAGGAUAUGAGAAUCAAACCAGAUCAGUUUUUAGACAAGUUGAAGACGACAGAUUUAGAAAGCUCUCUGAAGACUCAAAUCACAGAAAUCAACAAGACUCUCAGUAGUUACCUCCACAAACACAGGAUAGCACCAGUCUCGGUGUACGAUUGGUUAAUCCUCCUAACUACACUUCUUUACAUACUCUACUUUGUUGAUAUAAUUGGUAGAACUGCAGGGUGGAAAUGCUUUUCCACGAAGAGUACAGUUAGAACAGAGUUGGAAAUGCAAAUGGAGAAUCCCACCAGUAUUCCGCCAGAGUAUUUCAUACAAGAAGAAGGUGAAGCAGCUAACUUUGAACGGACUCGAGCAAGUAUCAAGGGAAAACUACAUCUCAAACCUGUGGAAUAAUCUGGACGCAUCACGUGAUUUAACUCAUAGACUUUCCUGACUUGCUUGAACAUAAUAAAUCUCGUUUCUGUUCUGUUUCAGCCAAUUCACCAUGUAUGCGAGUUGUGAAGGUCGAAAGAGAUAAGGUUUAAAUCUGUGUAAAUCGCUUAUAUUGUUAAAUACAGAGUAUGAAUAUUAUUAGGCUUGGGUGCGGAGAGUAAAUAAUUAUGCGGAAAUUGCACAAAACGUCACUUUUUCUUCGCUCACUUUUUCUUUUGUAAAUCGUGUAAUCUUAACAACAACUGUUUUAGUAUUAAUGUACUGCCUAGCAAGUUUUUGAUAUCUUUUAAAAUGUUCCCAC